CCAUCUUGAAAACUUAAAGGUAAUGAGGGCAAUGAGGGUAGUAAAAUCAGCUGAUUUCUGCAAAAUUCUCGCACUACAGAACUGCAUAAGCUCCUCCUCCCAUUGACAUUUAUUACAUAUAAAUAAUGCACAGUUAUAUACUACAUUAUAUAGUAACAAUAGAAGUAUUCUCCAUCAUACUGUUUCUAUAUGGUUUCUUUCCAAUGAAGAAUAUUUAUGGAACAACAGCAACGGUGGACAGCUUACCUACAACAGUAGCUGAUAUUAAAGUCAGUGUUAAUGAACUUUACAAGCCUUCUGUUGGAAGAUUAGUUAUUAUGGUCAUUGAUGCUCUUCGCUGGAAUUUUGUGGAGGGUGAAAAAGGACGCUUGAAUAUGCCAUAUACAGCAUCAUUAAUUGAUGGGAAGAAGGCUUGUUUACUGAUUGGAAAAGCCAGGCCACCAACAGUGACAAUGCCUAGAAUUAAAGCCAUGACAACUGGUACUGUACCCAGUUUUGCAGAUGUUGCUCUGAACUUGGGCAGCAGUAAAAUCUUGGAAGAUAAUUUAUUGCUUCAAGCAAGGCAUCAUGACAUGAAGUUAAUUUUCUAUGGAGAUGAAACAUGGUUAAAACUGUUUCCUAAUGUAUUCACCAGAAGUGAAGGAACUACAUCAUUUUUUGUUUCUGACUUCACAGAGGUGGAUGACAAUGUGACAAGACACUUGGCUACUGAGCUAAAUGCUGAGGAUUGGAGGCUAAUGGUGCUUCAUUAUCUGGGACUGGAUCACAUUGGACAUGUUGAAGGUCCACAGAGUCCCCUUGUGAAGCCCAAAUUACAAGAAAUGGAUGAUAUUGUGAAGAGGAUUCAUCACAUGUUCUUAGCAUGGGAUAAACAUUUUGGUCUUCCAUCAGUGCUGGUGGUUUGUGGAGACCAUGGUAUGAAAAAUUCAGGGAGCCAUGGUGGAGCCACUCUAGAAGAAGUUUUAGUUCCCCUUGUUAUUAUUGGUGAUAUGUGUUCAGGAGAACUAUCUAGCGGCCCAUUUGAAGGUGUACUUCAAGCGUUUGUGCCACAGAUAGAUUUAGUUCCCACUCUGUCUAUGUUGCUUGGUCUUCCGAUUCCAGCAACCAACCUUGGUAAAAUGAUUCCAGCACUUCUGCACAAUAUACCAUUUUCACAACAGCUGUAUGCACUGUACUACAACUGUAAACAAGUGGCUACUCAGUUUGAAAACCAAAUUUCUGAUAGUGCUACACAAGCAAGUUAUUUAGAAUAUAAAGAGGCUAUGAUGCUCCAUGCCAUCUGGUUGACCUCAGAUAACUCAUCUAAGUCUGGCCUAGAUGGUACAAUAGCAAGAUUAUACAUGUCAGCUCUCACUGGUAUGAGUUCACAGCUGGCAGACUCAUUGGUAACAUUUGAUAUACCUUUAUUGGUCACAGCAUCUGGGAUNACGUAUGUCUGUAGACCACCAAGUACAUGUAUUUUAAAGUGCAUUACAGCAGUCUUAUGUUUGUUCUUUCAGCUAGUCAUCAUACUUGCUAUGAAAAUAAGACCACAUCCUGUGCCUCUGAUGUUAACAACUCUCAUUAACAUAAUGCUUUUAAGUAUGAGUGUUCUCUGGUGCUCAUUAAGUCAAAGCACCAGCAUCCUCUGCAGUUAUUCCCUCAUAGCAAUACCAAUUAUACUUGGUAUUAUAAUUGUGGUUGGAGUGAAUACAACUCUUAUCCUGACAAGUACAUUCCAAAGGAUACAUAUUUCUCAGAUACUUCAUCCAGGUCAAGGCCGAAUCAUUCUUGUGGUGGGCACAUUGCUACAUGUUAUCAGCCUCUCAUCCAGCAGUUUUAUAGAAGAGGAGCACCAAAUAUGGUACUUCCUGUGGCUGACAUUUGCAGUUGUCAUUCUAUAUGAGCUUUUCUGUACUAUGUUCUCCAAGAAGCCAUCAGUUCCUACAGACAAAAGGCACUCUUCUCUAGAAAAGCCUAUGCCUGGUAGGCUUCUGUUGAGCUGGUUAGGAUUACCACUUCUCCAUCGCAUCCUCAGAAAAUGGAACCAAACUGGUGACAAGUGGGCAUCAUUGCCAGAUGCUGGAGAUUGGCUCAUCCAGCAGGAGCAGAAAACCUACCUGUCAGUUGUGUUCCUCUUAGGUCUUGUAGCAGUGUGUUAUUGCUGCUUGUACAUCCCUGAACACUAUCCAGGAACAUACAAAUGGCUGAUAGAUGCAGUAUUAUGUACAGCUGCUGCAGUGUGUGUGUACUGUUACCGUAGUGCCAUAGGAAAUGUUGACUUUCCAUUCUCCUAUCCUCAAGACAGGGGUGUCAUGGAGGCUCGCAUUUUCUGGAGCAUCUUAACACUGUUAAUAACAAACAGCAUUGGUCAGACACUGUAUGAAAUGAAAGUGCAGCAUUCCAGUUCAUUACGGAGAUUGGGAUGCCUGCUGAGGAAACUCACAUGUUGCUGGCUGCUCAUCUGUGCUCUGCUGCAUCGCCCGCACAAUGUCAUUCUGCUUCCUGCACAGGUUUUCAUGAGCCAUUGUGUGGGUACAGCCUAUGCUUCUCACAGGUGCCUUACUACAAAUACAUGGUGGCUGGUUGUUGCCCAUGUUUGGAUUGGCACUGUUGUCUAUUUUUAUCAGGGUAACUCCAACAGCUUGGCCACCAUAGACAUUGCAUCUGGCUAUGUGGGUCAAAUUGGGUACAACCCUAUGGUUGUUGGAACUCUCCUAAUCAUCAACACAUAUUCUGCACCAAUUCUGUCCUAUCUCUUACUUCUGUCGAAACUCAUCUUCCAGAACCAAAAAGAAGGCAUUGAUAGGUUCUGGGAGCAGUUUCACAGUUUUCACCAUUGCAUAGCUCUUUUGCGUCUACUUCCUGUUGCUGUGUAUGUUGUACUGGUGACAUUUCUUCGUUACCACCUGUUUGUGUGGACUGUAUUCUCCCCAAAGUUAUUGUAUGAGGUCACACACACCUUGGUUGUUUCAUUUGUGAUGCUUCUUAUAAAUAUCUUUGCUGUAGCUGUUGUAAGGAAUGUUCAGACUUAAAUGAGAUCUUGAGGAUUUCAUCACCAUCAUUCUUCUCAACCAUGAACAUUUUUCUUUUGCAUCCUCAUCAAGCUGCUCCUACUCUCUUCUCUCUGCCCACAACUUUUGUUCUUUGUUGAUGUGUCAGUAUUAAUUAAGUUGUAAAAUCAAUUUGAAUUUUUAAAUACAAUUUUUCAUU